AUGCCGUCGAGAAGAGCGAUAGCAUGCGUUACAUGCGCCAAAGCAAAGACUAAGUGCAACAAAGCGUUACCUUCAUGCUCUCGGUGCAUCACUAAAGGUAUCAAAUGUCAACCGAGAUCCACUCGUCGCACAUCAGACAACCACGGUCGAUCAAGCGUCAAGAAACAACCUAGAUUACCGGGAUAUCCUGCUGCCAAAGCUAUCUCAAAUCGACACUUACAUGUCUCGUCUGUUAGCUUACCUGUUUCCAAAGAGCCUGGAAUUACCUCUGCCACACCUUAUGUUGAUUCCGAAAGUACCGCAACAUCUAGUUGUCAGGAGUCAGGACUUCCGAGCUUUCCUAUGCUCGCCCCGAUCCUAUCGCAAGGGCCACAAGUUUCUUACAACUGCUAUGCUCAUGUAGACGGCCCCAUGUAUGACCCGAGCAUCUUCGCGCGGCCUAUGGAUGCGGACAAUCAUCUCCACCUAGGCGCUAUAUCACCACAGACACCCAGCCCAGUCACCCUUUACGAACACGUAUCCGUAUUGAACGAUCUGGAUUAUCACCAGUACGAUGAUUCGUGGUUUAAUGAAAUGCACAUGUUAGAUGGAGUUGAGUUCGAAGUUAGUGCUGCGGGUUUUCCACAGGAGAGAUGGGUUGUACCAAACUCCACAAACAUGGUGCCAACAGCGCAGGUACCAUGGUCUCUUUAUGACCUCCCGGAUCUACUGCAAUACAAGCUGGACGAAUCAGUAUCACAUCUCGGCGGGAUGGCCUCUCCAGCCCAGUACCAAUUCGGAAAUGACCUGGACUCAAUUCAACCUGAAUCGACGUUUUACAGACCUACUGUCACCGACAUGACGGUCCUCACAUCAGCACCGUUCUUGUACGACUUGAAUGCAGCGACAAGUUAUGCACCAGUCUGGGAGGGCUGA